CCAUAAGCACCAUUUUAUUUCUGGGCUUGCACAACUUGUGUCUUGUAUGAGUUUGGUUGGUGUCAUUUGUCGUUAACAUUAGUGGUCACAUUUUUCUGCUAUUACGUUUUAUAAUCCCUUCAUAUAGUUGUAAUCUAUCUAUUUUAGUCACGUUAAUUGAUAUAAACCAGCAAUGAGUUCAGAUACCGAAAGUGUACAACCCCCAAACAAUUUCGAAAAAUGCACCGUCGUCUUGCUGGAUGUUCUCGGAACUACUACAUCCAUUAAUUUUGCAAAGGAAACUUUAUUUCCCUAUGUAACCAAACACGCCAAAGAAUUUCUCGAAUCACAGUGGGACGAUAAAAUUGUUAAAGAAGCCAUUAAAGAAUUGAAUGAUAAGGAGUCAGAUUUAGAAGCUGCCACAAAAGGGGUGGUGGAGUUAACAGAAAAAGGGAGUGAUAACAAAGGAUUGAAAACUUUGCAAGGAUUAAUUUACUCCUCUGGUUAUAACAAUGGUGAACUAAAAGCACAUGUUUUUCCUGAAGUUCCUUCUUGCCUGGAAACAUGGUCCCAGACACAUAAAGUUGCUAUUUAUUCAACUGGCAGUGUGGAAUCUCAAAAAUUGCUCUUCGCAAACACGGUAGGAGGAGAUGUUUCCUUACAUAUCUCUAAAUAUUAUGAUCAAUCUGUUGGACUUAAGACUGAACCUGAUAGUUAUAAGAAAAUUGUUGAAGACUUCGCAGUGCAGCCAGAAGAGAUUCUUUUUGUUACGGAUAAUAUUGAAGAGGGUAACGCGGCCAGAUCUGCAAAUCUCUCUGUCAUCCUAAUUAUUCGUGAUGGUAAUGAUAGUCUACCAGAAGACUCCAAGAAUUUUGUAGUUGUUACCAGCUUUGAAGAAAUCAAUGUUGAUAAGUCAUCAAAACGCAAAAAUACUGAAGAAAUGUCGACAACUGAGGAACCUCCUGCCAAAGUCGCUAAAACUGACAAUGAAGCUGUGUCAGCCAAUAAAGAUGCAGGAAAGGAAACUACGGAAAAUGAAACAAUGGAAGUUGACGUUCCAGUUGAAAAGAAAGAGAAAACUAAAUCUGAUGGUGAUAUAGGAAGUGAAGUUAUCAUUACAGAAUCUAUUCCUGCCAAAACAGAAGACCAUGAAAAGACUGAAUCUAAAGAAAAGACUGACGAAACAAGAACUUCUCCCGAGGAUUCUCCAAUGGAUACUAAUGUUACAGGAGAAGCCAAUGCUUUAGAAAAUACAAAACAAGAUGAACAAACGAAAACUGUAGAAAGCAUGAAAGUUACUGAGAAAGAGAGUGUGGACACGCUAAAUACUGAGAAACAAAAAGAAAAAGUUAGAUGUGCAAAAAAUGUGGGCUCUGAUGAAAAGUUGAUUACUGAGGAGUCUAAACCUACCGUUGAAGAAUCUGUGAAUGAUUCAAAAGUUGAAACACAAAUUGAACAUGCCAAUAUUGAUGCAACAAGUGCAGAAGCUGAUGUAGACAACAUUAUUGAGAAAACAGAAAAAAGUGAAUCAACAAAAUGUGUGUCAUUACCUGCUGACAAUCAGUCAGAAUCAAUAACUAAUACCGAAAAAGAAAACGAAAACAUUGCUGAUCCGAAAAUAAACCAAAAGGAGACCAUUGAAGAUAAAAAGGAGGAUAUUGAGUCACCACUGCAAGAGACAGAAUUAGCAGAUACGAAAGAUGUUUCCAGUAUAGAUAAACAUGAAAAAUCUGAUAACAAGGAGGUAGAUGACAAAGUUGAUAUUGAAAAAAGAAUAGAAGAUGGGAAUAGCAAACUAGAUGCCAAAAGUCCUCAAAAAGAUGAUAGCAAAGAAUUAGACAAGAUUUGUGAGGGGCAUUCAUCGGAAAACGGUAGAAAAGAAGAAAAAGAAAAUCAAAAAGACUUAGCAAAUGGUUUAGAAAAUGGUUCAAGUGAAGAAAGGGUGACAAAUGGUGAUGCAGAAGGCAGUAGAGAAAAAAAUAUUGUUGACGAGAGUGCUGAUGACAUUAAGGUAAAGAAGGUUGAAACUUCAGUGGAUGCUACAGCUGUCAGCGUUGAAGUGUAACACAUUAAUAAUAUUUCCAUAUUCACUUACCAAUAAUAACAUUUUAUAUGUAUUAUCAAUAGUAUUCAUUUUUAUUUUAUUUAUUUCUAACAAAAAAAUCUUAUGUCUUUCGAAAUUAAAUAUUUUAUUUUCAUUAACUAAUUACCAGAAAAGUUAUUUCCAGACUUGAAAGUAACAUUCCAUAAGUUGAUUACAUGUUAAAUUUGCAGACUUAAUUUGUGAGUUAGACUGAUGAUUAUUAUAUGCUAGUUUUACAAUUUGGUGUAUCACCAGUUAUAAAAUUGUUCCUAAAAUCAGUUUGUUAAGACAUUUCUUCCUUAAAAGGGUGCCAAAAAUGGUAGAUCUUCUGUAAUAUGAAAGACUGGUAUUUUCAUUUAUAAGACUAAAAAAAGUAAUUUUCCAACCAGUAUUAAAUUAUGAUAAAUUAGUACUUAGUGCCCAAAUUCUAGGUAAUAAGUUUUUAUAUACUUCCACCUUGUAUUGACUGAAUAAAUUGAAAAAUAUAAAUUACAUUAAUUUUUUUGUGUUAUCUGUUAGUCUUGCAGUCUUGUCACAAUUUUUUGAUUUUGUCUUGGUUGUUUUGCUUAAAAUACUCGUAGAUUUUGUACGGUUUUGUAUUUAUGUGUAGUAGUUUAAUUGAUAUAAUUUGUGAUACCAACAGGCUUCGAAUUAAUAUGCUUUUCGUGGAUGAAAAUUGUUCAAGUGUACAGGCCUAUAGAUUUUAGGCAAACACCUGGUUAUGUAUGUGAUUUUUGAGUUCAAUACAUUUUUUUUCUAGUGUUCUAAAA